AUGAACGAAAUUGGAGCUGUUCUGGACACCAUAGACCCAGGCUUCGGUUGUGCUUCUCGCGAUAUGCGGCGCGAUGACGCUGUCCCAGACUGUUCAGAUGAUCAAUGCAAGACAUCGUCAGGUUCCUACUCUUCCGGUGGCGUUCGAGAUUCCGAUAUGUCAAUCGAAUUCGACGUAUUUGAGAAUACUCCUCAGCCCGAAACCCUUCAGGGCAAUGAAAACAUUGCUAUAUCAUACCCGGAGACCACGACUCCACCGGGAUCGCCACCGGUUAACCAUUUCAACGGUUUGUCCGACGGAGCAGCGGGAGGUUCCACAACCCCUCGUGGAACUACCCUUGCAAUCGCUCUCAAUCGAAACCCGGACGAAGCAGUACGAGAUUCCACAACCCCCCCGGGAACUCCACUUGCAAUUAAGUUCAAUUCAGGCCCCGACGAAGCAGUUUCACGAAACAUUGAGACGUUCUUAUUACCACCGCCUGUCACCCCCCCAACGAUAUCAACCUAUUACCCACUUCAAACAGAGUUGUCAACUGAGCAAGGAUUCCAAGCUACUAGACCCCCCCUCAAUGCCAGAGACCACGACACCUCCAGGGACACCGCGACAUAG